CUGGCUUGUUUAGGGGAGGGCAGCUUUUCUCCCCGAGUUCCGCCUCUGGCUGGGGAUCCCGUGGACGGAGCCGGCAAAAGCAGCGGGCAAGUCGGGCCGGCGGCACACAUCGUCUCGGUUCAUGAUUUGGAUACCAUGGAGGAAAUGGUAGGCACACUGCUGAACAGAAGAUGUGAUUCCAGAAAACAUGGGGUUGCAGGCUUGCUUACAAAGCACCUCCGGAAGGCCUUGCAUCUCUCUUCUCCAGUGGCUCUUUCUCAGCAUUGUACAGGUUCCUGUCCAGACUUGAUAAUGAGCAGGAAUGAAGCUCUGGAGCAAAAGAGCAGCAGGGAGGCCUCCUCCAGGAUCCAAUCACCUACGAAGACUCACCGAGUGUUGUGUUUAUCAUUGUCCUCAGAUGGUGUCAGGCAGCACAACAGCAUGGUUUCUCCAGAUAAUCUUGAUGCUCAGAUGAAGCAGGUUUACAGUGGUGGGGCAGCUAGCAGCACAGGUUCUUUGGAACGAGCAUCAUUAUUCUGUGUCCCUGUACUGAAUUCCUCAUCCAGAUCCUCCCUGCCCAAGCAAAGAGAAGCUCUAUCCAAGUCCAAGUCUUUUGUGAAGUCCUUUUUGUCUACACCAUUGCUGCAGAAUAACAGCUCUGAAUGUGAUAACAGUCUCCUUUAUAUUUCUGAUUCCAAGAAGAAUUACUGUGGGACUCUCAAAUCAGGAAUGGACCAUGAGGCUGAGAUAGUAACAGUGCCCAGCUUUAACCAGUUGGAGCCACUCAUCUGCAGGGUAACAGACGGCAUAUAUGUGGGCAACCUCAGUGCAGGUUACAGUGGUCAAACACUGUGCAAGAACAACAUUGACAGCAUCAUCGACAUGAGCAGUUUGCCUAGGGAAUGUAGACUGAACUUUAUCCCUUGCACCUGUCGCCGAGGAUCCCAGCAUAGCUGGUCCCGCCUCAAGGUGCAUAUCCAGGGCCCCUUGGAAGAGGAUUGCCCUUCCCUGCAGCAGACAUGCUUCUGGGACAUCAAUGCAUGCAUUGAUGCCUCUCUGGAGAAAAGGAAGCGGAUUCUGAUUCAUUGCCGUGAUGGUUAUUCUCUGGCUCCUACCUGUGUCAUCCAGUACUUCAUGGUGAAACAUCGCAUGAGGCUGCUGGCUGCUUAUGAGUUUGUCAGGGCAAGGUACCCAGUAAAUAUCCGGGAGUGCCACCGUGACCUGCUGGUGGGUUUGGAGAGGUCUCUGUGGCCAGGAGAAUUGGACAUGGAGAAUUUCAAACAGGCCAUGUCAAGGAAGAUAGCAUGGACGUAAUGGCCAGAUUUAUAGGUGAAGGUGGGUGUUUGAUGCACAUAGAGCUGCUUCAGUCAUACAGAAAGGGGAGCAGCAAAUGUAUGGGGUACGAGGCCAGAUGCUUCGUUUUGCCUCCACCUCCUUUCCUGGUACGUGGUUUGUACCUUGGAGUACAGGGAUGAGAAGAACAUUUCAAAUUUCUCCUCCUUGUCAACAUACCUGGCUGAAAAAAAAAUAGGAUCUCUGCAGGAAUUUUUUUUUUUACAUUUUGGUAUUUUUUGUGAAAAACCCAUUUGCACAAAAAAAAGUAGAUGCUUUGUGCAAUUUUUGUGCUAAAUGUCUAUUUUGCAUGAAGUGCACUGUUUCUGUGCCAAAACCAGUUUCCACCCCACAAAAAUGGUUUUUUUUCCAGAAACAUUUUUAUUAUAAACAAGUUAAAAAUGUGAACAAUUUUUGGAAAAUUUAUCCAAAACAUUUGUCAUUUCACUGGGAUUUUUUAAAAAAAUGCUUUGUUUGUGUAUGAAUGUACAAAUGAUAUAAGUUCUGUAUCACUAGAAGGGAAAAUGCAGGCCUAAGAAGGCUCCAUUUUUUAAAUCCAAGCUCAUCUAAAUUACAAUUCCCAACAUUUCCUCAACCAGCAUGACUAUACUGCAGCUUUGCGGGGCUUGGGGGAAGAAGGGGUCUGGAAACUAAUCCAAAGUCUAAUUUCCCCAAACUCUGACUUUUAGUUGUUUGACUUUGAAUCCCCAUUUCCCCUUUCUGUGAGAAAGUUGGCAUUCUAAAAGUUAGGAUUUUUAAAAAAUAAUAAAAUGUUCUCUUAACACUGUUCACUAUUUUUUAAAAAACGAUGCUUUUCCUUGUAAGAGAAAAGGAAUUUCCAGUAACUGAAGUUUCACUUCCCAACUACUGUGAAUCUUUGGCUGGAUCUACACUGCCCUAUAUCCCAGAUUAUCUGCUUACCCUAGACUUUCUUGAAGUGUCAACUCAUAUAAUCCAGCCCAAAGCAGAUAAUCUGGGAUCAGAUCCUGGGAUAUAGGGAAGUGUAGAUCCUGUCUUAGUAAUACUACUGAUUUCUUUAAGAUGAUAAUGGUACCCCCAAAACCAACCAUUUGAAGUUUGUUGGUAACUGUGGAAAAAGCAAUUAGUCAAGACUGAAGCAUGACCAAGAUAUGGAAACAUGUCAAGUCCUAGUGGUCUACACAAACCUCAGCUUGAACAGGAAGCCCUUCCUAUCCAAGAAUACUAAUGGCCAACCUUUCUAGGUGUAAGGAUUAGAAAAUUGCCUUGUUGUUACAAUAAAACUAUGAAUUCCUCAGAAAGCUAAAUAGUGCAUCCCAUACCAAAGCCUUUGGUUUUUUGCAUGUGCUCCUGUGAAUUUCAGUGGUCUUUCUGAGCCCUCACUUAAAUGCUGCAUAGGCAGUUUGAAAAUACAUGUGCUGAAUUGCCUCCUUUAGCUGCUAGGCCUGUUAACAAAACUGUAAACAUGGUAACUCAGCAUUUACAAGAGAUAUGGUAGGUCUCUUGUCAAGGAAAUCUUGAAAUUAGGCUCCACAUUAAACAUCCUAGUCUAUCUCAGGAAAACAUUUUAGCUCUAAUGAGGUGUGAACUUGUGAAAUCCCAAUAUCUGUGUAAAAGCCUGUAAAUGAAGGAGUGGCUUGUCAGGCGUGGAGUUUAAUGAUGGUGCUUAACAAUUAUGGUUUCUACUUGGAAUAAAAUAGGUAUUUAUUAA